CUGAUCUGCUUGACGUUGCUGUGUUUCUACAGGAUCAGUUGAACCGAUAUGGUAUGCUUCACGGAUAUAAGAUGAUGCAUCUGAAAUGCAUUCAGGCUGGCUAUGUGGUCACACAAGAGACAAUCAGGCAAUUGUUGAAAAUACUGGAUCCCCAUGGAGUGCAACUGAGGCGCCGGAAUCGUCUUCGGCGACGUUUGUAUCAUAAUCCAGGCCCGAACUUUUUAUGGCAUGUUGAUUCAUAUGAUAAACUCAAACCAUAUGGGAUCUGCAUCAAUGGUGCAAUCGACGGGUUUUCACGAAUGGUGAUAUGGCUACAUGCAUACUCUACAAGUAGUGAUCCCAAGGUCAUCGCUGGAUACUUUAUUGAUGCGGCGUUAUCAAGGAAUGGGACAGCCACCCGAAUUCGCUCAGACUUAGGGACAGAGAACUGUUACAUGGAACAGAUGCAGAUGUUCAUGAGACAUGAUCAUACGGACGACUUUUCGAGAAAUUGCUAUUUGUAUGGCUCAAGCAAUCAUAACCAACGGAUAGAGCAGUGGGUGGGAUUUUUGAGGAAACAGCAUGCACAGUUCUGGAUCAACCUAUUUCAAGAUCUAAAAGAUUCUGACGACUUCUCCGGUGACUUCAUAGACAAAAGUCUAAUACAGUUCACAUGUCUUGAAAUAAUAGAGGGAGAACUGCAGGAUGUUGUUCACCUUUGGAACACGCACAGAAUUCGCCCAUCCAGAAAUGCUGUGUCUCCAUGUGGACGUCCAGUGAUGAUGUACACCCUACCCCAACUUUUUGGUGCUAGGGAGUACCUUAAAGAGGUAUCCCAACAGAAGAUACAGGCUUGUAGGGAGGAAUGUCGUGAGAGAGGACCAUAUCCCUGUGAUAAUACAGUGUUUGACAUUUGUUGCCUUGCCAUGGUAGAAAACAGUCUUCAUCCACCAACCUCUCCAGAGGAAGCCAUUGAUCUUUACAUGUUCUUACGUGCUUACAUACGUACCCAAAUUAAUAAUCACAAGUUGUUCUACUGGAUCAAAUGA